AGCCAGUUCCAGUUCUUAUGGAUGACGGAGACCGAAACGGUCAACUCUAUUGCCAUGUCCUUCAUGUCUGCCCCGGUCUUCAUGGUCAUGGACACCCACGAACACACCUAUUACAUGACUCCGGGGCCAGAGAAUCUGACAGUGAUCACCAUGGCAGACUACCUGACCAGUGUGGCAGAAGGCAAAGAACAGGUGAAUGAGUCUUGUAGGAUAGUGAGCAGGGAAGUGAGAGGGCAGUGAGCAGGGAAGUGAGAGGCCAGUGAGCAGGGCAGUGAGCAGGGCAGUGAGAUGGCAGUGAGCAGGGAAGUGAGCAGGGAAGUGAGAGGGCAGUUAGCAGUACACUGCGAUAGCUUACCAUCUCUUAUAUUAGUGGUAAACUAAAAUAGCUUAGCAUCUAUUAUAUUAGUGGUACAAUGAGAUAGCUUAGCAUCUCUUACAUUAUUGGUACACUGAGAUAGCUUAGCAUCUCUAACAUUAGUGGUAAACUAAAAAUAGCAUAGCAUCUCUUAUAUUAGUGGUACACUGAGAUUGCUUAGCAUCUCUUAAAUUAGAGGUGCACUGUGAUAGCUUAGCAUCUCUUACCUUAGUGGUCCCUGAUAGGACACUGAAACUAAGUUUACAAAUGUGCCGAUUGCUCUGGUGAAGCAAUUAUACAAAUCUUUAUUAUCAUGAUUGAUCAUUUAUAGAUACCAUACUUAUAGUUUAGUAGGUGAACAAUCUAUAAUAUAGACUUCUAGUUAAAUAGGUGAACAAUCAUAUUAGAGAUAAUUCUUGCUUAGUCUGUGAACUGCACAAAAAAACAACUUUAUUUGACAUAAUGUUUUAUUCCUUAGAACUGAAAUCAUCACACAGGUUGAAGGUUGCAAUAUUACACAGCUGAAUGACAUCAGUUAGUGGUCAGUGAGUCAUGUUUGAAAGUUGUACUGAGAGUUAAAUCAUCCUAUUUUCUGACCAACUGACCACUCUGUUUCAGGCCAAGGGUGGCAGUGGAGUGCUGAUGGGAAUAAAGAGAGUGUUCUAUGACCUCAUCUCAUUGGUUUUGGUAGGACAGCUCUCUUGUAAUUACAACUAAAAAUAUACCCACAAGAAAACUCUGUGGUACUAUAACUGUGCGGUACAAUAACUCUGUGGUACAAUAACUCUGUGGUGCUAUAACUGUGUGGUACAAUAACUCUGUGGUACAAUAACCCUGUGGUACAAUAACUCUGUGGUACAAUAACUCUGUGGUACAAUAACUCUGUGGUACAAUAACUCUGUGGUACAAUCACUGUGUGGUACAACAACUUUCUCCAUCCAGGAGAUUUAUUUACCACUCAAAGCCUAACUUUUUUACGUUUCAAUGACCCCUUCUGGUCCAGGGGUCUACAACAUGCAUAACGACUAUGGUUGGAUGGUUAUUUGAUGGCCUUAAUACACUUAAAUACAGCAUCAAUUACCAACGGAAUGUGUAAAAGCAAUGAUUGGGGUUGGAAUGUGUAUAAGCAAUGACCUGGGGUUCCAGUUCCAAUGUGUAUAAGCAAUUAUUGGUGCUUUAAUGUGUAUAAGCAAUGAUUGGGUUCAAAUGAGUAGAAAGUAGAAACAAUGAUUGGGUUCAAAAGUGUAUAAGCAAUGAUUGGGGUUUCAAUGUGUAUAAGCAAUGAUUGGGGUUUCAAUAUGUUUAAGCAAUGAUUGGGGCUCAAGCAUCUAUAAGCAAUGAACUUGCGUUCAAAUAUACAUACCAAUCCCCUUGAAGGCCACAUGAAAUUAGAAAGGAUGAAUGGGACCUUCAGGCAGUGGCAUGGUGCCACACCGGGUGACACCAACCCUAGCUAUGCCACUGCCUUUAGGCUCUUUUUUUGAGACCCCAGCUCAAGUCUGUAUAAGCACAUUUCAUUGUUGUAGCAUACCAUUAUGUUUAAGUUAGCUAUUUGUGUGAUUGGUUCAAUGAUGUGUCCCACUCUGAUCCUGCAUCAUCCUAUUACAGAGUAUAUGGCAAGCCUCAAGGUGGCUGUUUCUCCUCAUGUUUGGUCUGCCAACCCUCAUCAUCUCUUUCAUCUGCUACAGCCUCUGCUGUAUGGAGCCUCUCGAUGACAUUCCCGAUGAAGACGAGGAGGAUGAAGAGGACGAGAAAAACUGUCCCUAUGAUGCACCGCCACCAGCCCUUACAUCUGAGUCACUACCACCCUAUGGUAAACAUGAUGUCUAUUCCAUUUUAUAGUGCUAUGACUAGAUGUCAUGAGUGGGUUUAACUUCAUGGUGUUAUUGUGGUGGUUAACUUCAUGGUGUUGGUGUGGUGGUUAACUUUAUGGUGUAAGUGUGGUGGUUAACUUCUUGGUGUUGGUCUAGGGGUUUGUCUUUAUUAUCUUAGUCUGGUAUUCAUUUUGGUGAGAUAAAGAGAAUUGGCAGAACAUUUGACAGUAUUUAUGCUGCAUAAACUACCCAGAGUUUGCUGUUAAACUUUUGACUGAUGGGUUGUUUUCCCUGAACCCCAACCUUUACCCCAUCCCAUAACGUGUCGACGUAACCCAUCAACAUAACCAGUGGACAUAAUUAGUGGGUAUAACCAUUCCAUGUGUCGCAUGUAUUGUGUAGUGGUGGUGUUAAUGUCAUAGGGGCUUGCUGUAAGGACUGUUAUAGUGUCUUCAAAAGUGAUCAACAAAUUUUGUUGUUAAACAUGUAAACACACAAAAAUAUAAAUUAACAAAAAACAGUAUUUAUGAGACCAACAAAAUGUUGCACUAUAUUUUGAGAUAGCAUGAAGGCUUAACCUCUCUACUGUUAAAACAAAUAUCAAAGUAACAGCAAGUUACUUACUAUUACUUCAUCUUAUCUCACAUGAAUAUAUACAAUAAUAUAAAUAAAUAUUAAUUAUCAAUACAUUUUAUUUGUAGAUUUGUUUUAACUUUUUAAAAUAAUCAUGUACCAUUUAAAACAUACGUUUCUAACACAAAGUAAUAUUUCUACAAAAUAUUCACAAAGUAUGACUCUUUGCACCCUUAUAAAUAAAAAACUUUCCUCAAUGGUGUAAUAUAUUAAAUUUAAUUCUAAUUGUUUGUUAUAUAAUAAACACAAUAGUAAUGAAUAACUAACUGAGUUGAAAUAAUGGCUUUCCCCUCAUCUUCCUGAUGUAACAGAUUCCUUGGAAAACAGUCCCGUAAAAUCAAAGGAGGAAAAGAAACAAGAGUGAUCAUCUGAGACAACAGCCUUAUGGACAAAACUGUAUGAACAGAGGUGUCGGGCCUGACCUAAAAUCAAAGUGUUGACCAGGUCCAAAGACGAACUCUAAAAACAGAAUUAUAUUUGCAUCAAUUAUUUUAGAUUCUAUUCACCAUUUUAAUGAAUUCAUAUUGAAACAGGUGGCCUUUUACCUGUGGCCCUAAAUUGUUUUAAGCUUUUUAAAUAAUUUUUUUGCAAUUAAAAAAUCAAGUUAACACUUUAACUGUCAUUUGAUUUAUCCUACGCUUCACAAAAACUGACUAGAUUUUAAUUGAUUUAUUUUGCUCUAUAAUUUUAUUUAUUCAAGAAAGAUAUAAAACCCAAUGCUGUGGCCCUGCACGGAUGAAAUUAUGCAAAAAUAAAUGAAAUCAAUCACCAGAAGAUGAUGUAUUGAUGCCAUUAGAUCACAAUAAAAUAACAGGUCUAGUGGUCCCCCGGACCUGUGUGUUGUAUUUAUUCCAUGACUUGCCAAUAGUCACAGAUCAUGUGUUCAAUGUUACACCAAUUAAGGUAUUUCUCAAGUAUCUUGUCUAAUAAUAAUUGUUCAUGAUGUCACAACUAUUUAUUUAUUAUGCUCACUAGAUUUUCAAAUUUGUGUGCGAUUUUAAAAAAAUAAUUUUUUAAAAUAAAAUUUGUAUGACACAUCUAUCUAUUGUCUUGAGUUAAUGGAGAUUCCUGAAACAGACUUAAUAUUUUAGAAGUUGGAGUUACUAAUAAAUGUAUGUUAUAAUUAAAUAUCCAGUAGUUUAUUAUCAAAUUAGCCAGAGCCAGCACUUAACUCCAUCAUGAGAUUAUAUCCUGGUCAGCAAUGUUCACACUCAUUCAAAUGACAGAGCUUUUCAGAUUGUGUCACUGUGUAAUGUAAAAGAAAUUAUGGUGGACAAAAUUGGGAAAUCUUACUGAAAGUUUACACAUUGUGAUAAAAUAUACACCAGGAACAUGAGAAAAUAAGUAAACUGCAGUCAUCAGCACCUUAAAGAAUAAAUAAACAGCAGUCAAAAGUACUUUAAAGAGAAAAUACACAGUAGUCAGCAUUUAUUGUAAUUUAGGGAAGAAAUUGAAAAGAAUAAAUAAAUAUAGAAAACUUGACAAAACUGC